AUUCUAGCCUUUUUAUUCAAUAACGGAGAAUUGUAUGAGUGGAUCGUUGUAAUUGUAUUUUAGAUGGGUGCAGUAUAAUGUAAGCUUAAAGUCAGCUCAGCCCUAGGGUUUUUGCCCUGUCUGGUUGCGAAUGAGCCAACACUGUCAACUUUAAGCUUUUACACACCAACCAUCGGAUGCCCUUUGGUACGUUAUACUGUAUAAAAUACACUGAAUGAAUAAUUAUGCCUCUACUUUGACCUGUUUGUUUUGUUACCUAGUACCCAUCACUUCUUCACACAUACGUCGAUUAUCAGAUAGGGCAAACUUGUUUGACUCAAUGGUUUAUCGGCGGGUCAGUCGGACAAUUAAAAUCUAUUUUUAUUUACUAAAUCGGAUUUUCUCUGCAAACCAUCUGCAUCAUUGGGUCGCCUCAGCGCUCGUUAUCAUAUUCUUUAUGGCACCCAUGGUACCCAUGAAAAUCUCAUUAUAGUGCCCAAAUGCUUUGAAAGUCAUCAUUAUUUCCUUUGAUAACACAAAUUUUCCAUGUUUCUGCCCUUAUUCGAUCUUUAUGUUUUUUAAAUACAUUAGAAAAACCUUUCUAUUGCUCGCGUCUUCUUGCUGCAGACGCACGGAAUCAGACACAGUAAAUACGAUUUGUAUCGUGCAGCAACUUUUUCAGAGUUUUUAUCGCCAUCGUGUAAUACGGGCAAUUAGUUAUCUAUCCAUCUGCUAUAUUGAUUGUUUCUAUUUCUGUGUGCAUUUGUUGCCAUGACGGCAUGUUGGAGAAAUCCUCAGCUGAACUGUUUAAUAGGUGCUGCGUUUAACAUUGAUGGCAGAAUUUCUAGCACAAUUGCAGAUGUUGCACCAGAAUUCUCAAAUUUUUCAUGGUCACAUGCAGUCCUGGACCUUGUUUUCAGCGCUUCCAAAACG